ACUCAUUAUAUAUUUAUUUAGUGACAUCAAUUUAAGAGUGAUUAUCCACACAGUACAAAGUAUGGCUUCAACUUUACCUGCUUCCGAUAAAUCCAUGGGAUCUAACAGGAAUACAUAUGUUGAGAAAAGAUUUGAUCGUAUUAACAAUCCUUACCUGGAUUCUAUGGAUGAAGACAUUCUCUAUCACUUGGAUUUAGGAACAAAAACACACAACCUACCAUAGAUGUUUGGGGAUGUGAAGUUUGUCUGUGUGGGUGGGAGCUCCAACAGAAUGAAAGCGUUUGCACUGUUUAUGCAUAAGGAGCUCCAAUUGCAGGAAAGUGGGGAAGAUGUAAGAGACAUCUGUGCUGGGAUGGACAGAUACUGUAUGUAUAAAACCAGCUCCGUGCUGGCCAUCAGUCAUGGUAUGGGGAUUCCCUCCAUGUUUAUCAUGCUUCAUGAACUUAUCAAAUUACUGUACCAUGCCCAGUGCUAUGAAGUUACCAUCAUCAGAAUUGGUACAUCGGGGGGAAUAGGGAUUGCACCAGGGUCUGUCAUAAUAACAGAUAUAGCUGUAGACUCCUUCUUUAAGCCCAGAUUUGAACAGGUAAUCUUGGACAACAUUGUCACCUGAAAUACUGAACUUGACAAGGAACUGGCUGAGGAACUAUUCAACUGCAGCAAAGAAAUUCACUUCCCCGCUCUCACUGGAUACACAAUGUGUACCUAUGAUUUUUAUGAAGGGUAGGGUUGACUAAAUGGAGCAUUGUGCAGCUUUUUCAGAGAAGAAAAGGUAGAUUACUUGAAGAGAGCAUAUAAAGCCGGUGUCAGGAAUAUCGAGAUGGAAUCCACAGUGUUUGCAGCCAUGUGCGGGCUUUGUGGUAUAAAAGCUGCUGUGGUCUUUGUGACACUUCUGGACAGACUAGAAUGUGACCAGAUCGACUUACCCCACGAAGUUCUGGUGGAGCACCAGCAACGGCCUCUGCUCCUAAUCGCCAGCUUCAUCAAACAGCGGCUUGGACCCCGUGACCAGACAUCAUAACUGGGCAGCCCAAGCCUUCCCUGCAAGUUUAUAGUUCAAGUUGCAGUGUUGAUGUUAUGUAUUAUUUGUGGCAUUUUUCGUAUAGUUUCCAUCCACAUGCUAAAAUCAUAAUAGAGUGGUUUUAUAAAACUUCUUUCUCCUAAAAAAUAAAUUUA